AUGUCUCACGAAAAUAUCACAGCAUUCAGGGGCAAUAAUGAAUCCGAUCUUGAUUCUGCUUGUUACGAUCUUAACAACACAUCCUCGGUAAUUUGGCAAGUCGUCGGCUUUGCUUUUAUCUUCUUAACAUCUCUCAUGGGCAACACAAUGGUGGCUAUUGUGGUGUACAGAGGCCGAAGGAUGAAAACAACCGUGAACUUUCUGAUUGUGAAUAUGGCUGUUUCGGAUCUCUUAAAUACUAUCCUCGUUGUUCCGAAAAGUAUCACACGCAUAUUUACCUAUUCAGAGGCAUGGUUUAUUACUGGAGAGAUGGGUGACGCCUCAUGCAGAAUAGUUCACUUUUUACAAGACGUUACAGUUGCCGUGUCUCUACUAAGCCUCCUGAUGAUUGCAAUUGAGCGUUUUUACGCCGUUUCUUGUCCAGUCGUGGCAAACCCCGCUCCAGAUAAGCGAUGUGCAUUUAUGAUACUUUCUACUUGGUUGGUGGCGUUUCUUAUGUACAUCACAGAUUUGCUCUCGUUUAAGUUGAUCGUCGAGGAGGAAGAAUCAAUUUGCUCCCAUAGUUGGGAAGAUCUGGUGGCAAAUCCAGCCAAAGCCACCACAAUUGAGUUCCUUUUGAAUACAAAUCUGGCCUUGAUAAUUCCAUUCAUCGUUGUAACCACCUUCUAUUCAUUAAUCCUAAGGAAAAUUAGACGCAUUUCUGUUCCAGAUGAUGUAAGUUCCUUAGGAUUAAAACGUCAACGGAAGCGUAACCGAAGUGUAAUUCGUAUCUUGCUUGCAGUGGUUAUAUCGUUCGGUGUUUGUUGGUUUCCCUUCAUAAUUUACACAUAUACAUUUAUUUUCGGUUAUUUCAACAAGGACCAACACAACUUUCCUUGUGGUUUGGAAAUCUAUGGGAAAAUAGCAUUGAUUAUGGCGUAUCUGCAGUCAUCUGUGAACCCCGUCAUUUACUUUGUGUUCAGUGAAAAUUAUAGACAAGGACUUAAAAGGUUCAUCCGCCACUGCUUACCUCUCUCCAUUAAGAAACCAUCAAAUUUGAACAAAAAAGCCACAAAGCCGUUUAAAGGGACUAAACGCGGGUUUUGGCCCGGGAACGGAGUGGUUCAAUGUUCAGAUGUCGAACUACGCAAUUUCGACAAGUUGUGA